AUGGCCCAGGGACAGAUCAAGAAACCGUCGAAGCCGACCUCUUCUAAAUCUUCGUCCUCGAAAAUUGCCAAAAAAGGCUCACGAACAAUAACGCCGAAGAAAGCCAAACUGCUCAAGCAGGCUAAACUCAACAAGAAGUACACCGCUGGCCUGACUGCUAAGACAGAGGCUAUGCUCGGCGAACGUGCAGGACAUUUGGAAAUGUUAGGCCAUGGCAGGAAAAAGAAUGCAGGUGUGGUGGAUAAGGGCAAGUCGGGCGGGAGCAAGAAGAGCGGGAAGGAAAAGAAGCAAGGCUUAUUCGAACCCCUGAAAGCAGAUAUGGGCAUUGACCGCCUGGACAUUCCUGGUGCUGCGUCUGACAUGUACGAUUCUUCGCUGGCCCGGACACUGCCGUUCACGUAG